AUGGAAGAACUGCAGAAGGAGUGGUCUCAUAUUGCACUCCGACUACUCCGACUACUACGACUCAUUAAAGCCAGGGCACUAACAAAUGAAAUCAAGGGAGGGAAACAACAGUUUUCACAGAUACAACAUCAUGGAUCUCAAAUUUCUCACCCCGAACCACUUUUUCGUUUCGAUGAUGACAGGGCCCGUCUGACAGAUGAGCAAAAGUCGGAUUGGGGUGGAUUCAGGAGUUUUUCGUGGCCGUGCGGCGUAGCCGCACAGCCGCACUCCAAACACGAUGGAGGAAAAAAUCAAUAUUGUUUCUCCCCGAAUUCCUGCGAAUCGUAUGGGUCACCAACAUUUCCAAAGAUCAACAUCGGAAUUGGAACAGUAUCAGCGUAUGGCCACCGGAAAUUAAUACACUAUUUUGAUUCCACAUCUGCUGUUGUAAAAUUACAUCACAAUCAAGCACGAUGGAGGAAAAGGUUAAUAAUGUUUCUCCACGAAUUCCUCGGAUCGUAUGGGUCACCAACAUUUCCAAAGAUCAACAUCGGAAUUGGAACAGUAUCAGCCACGAUGGAGGAAAAAGUCAAUAAUGUUUCUCCCCGAAUUCCUCGGAUCGUAUGGGCCAAGAUCAACAUCGGAAUUGGAACAGUAUCAACGUAUGGCCACCGGAAAUUAAUAGGGGAAGGAAAGAAGUGGGCGGAAGUUUUCACGGAUUUCGACGAACAACAAAUCACCGACCCCAAAGCCGACUACGGUACGCAGUUGAUUGUAAGUACCGAAGGGUGA